AUGGGCAUUCUUUCUUUCGUUAGUGUCCUUGUUUAUAUCCUUGUUCCUUCACUCACAGUUUCCCUUUCAGUUGAUUCCAUUGCACUGUCACAUUCCCUCACUGAUGGCAUGACCUUAGUUUCACAAGGUGGAACCUUCGAACUUGGUUUCUUCAGCCCUGGGAAAUCCAAGAAACAUUACCUGGGAAUUUGGUACAAAAACAUCCCAGUUAAAACAGUUGUUUGGGUUGCUAACAGGGUCAACCCAAUCAAUGAUUCCUCUGGUAUCUUAACAGUGAAUAGGGCUGGCCAUCUUGUCCUUCACCAGAAUGACACUGUUAUUUGGAACACAACUUCUCCAAGAAUACCACAGAAUCCAAUGGCUGAGCUCUUGGAUUAUGGCAAUCUUGUGGUAAGAGAUGAGAAUGAUGCAAACCCAGAAGCCUAUUUGUGGCAAAGCUUUGACUAUCCAUGCGAUACACUGUUGCCAGGGAUGAAAUUUGGAUGGGACUUAAGAACAGGUUUCAAUUGGACUCUAACAGCUUGGAAGAGUCCAGAUGAUCCAGCUCCAGGAGACUUUUCUUGUGCUGUACACAACAACAGUUAUCCUGAUUCAUAUUUGAUGAAGGGAACCAAAAAGUACGGCAGAUUUGGACCAUGGAAUGGCUUGCAUUUAAGUGGUACUCCAUUAUUAAAGUCGAACCCAAUUUAUAAUUUCAAGUUUGUUUACAAUAAGGAUGAGAUAUAUUACACAUACUACCUCGGAAAUAAGUCUAGAUAUUCAAGAGUUGUAAUCAACCAAACUGAUUAUACUCGUUCCCGUUAUGUGUGGGUGGAAAGUGAUCAAAAUUGGAUAGUUUAUAGAGCAAUGCCAGUAGACUACUGCGACCAUUAUGGCCUGUGUGGAGCCAAUGGCAACUGUGUCAUCAAUGAAUCACCAAUUUGCCAAUGUCUUAAAGGGUUCAAACCUAAGUCACUACAAGCAUGGAACACAAUGGACUGGUCUCAAGGAUGUGUUCGCAACAAACCAUUAAGAUGCAAUGAUAAGCACAAGGAUGGGUUCGUCAAAUUGAAGGGGUUGAAAGUGCCAGAUACUACACAUUCUUGGUUGGAUGAGGCAAUGGAUUUAGAGGAAUGCAGAGCCAAGUGCUUGGAUAACUGUUCUUGUAUGGCCUAUACUAAUUCAGAUAUUAGAGGACAAGGGAGUGGCUGUGCCAUGUGGUUUGGCAAUCUAAUUGAUAUAAGACAGUUUGCAGAUGGGGAUCAGGACUUAUAUGUUCGAAUGGAUGCUUCAGAAUUAGGGUUUUCUUCUGAGGAUGAUCUAGAUCUCCCGUUGCUUGACCUGUCAACAAUAGCUAGUGCCACCAAUAACUUCUCAGUGAAUAACAAAAUUGGAGAAGGUGGAUUUGGACCUGUCUACAAGGGAAGAUUAGCAAGUGGGAAAGAAAUUGCUGUGAAGAGACUUUCAAGAAGCUCAACACAAGGAAUGAUCGAGUUCAAGAAUGAAGUAAAACUGAUUGCAAAACUUCAGCACCGAAAUCUUGUAAAACUUCUUGGGUAUUGCAUUCAUGGACAAGAAAAAAUACUGAUUUAUGAAUACAUGCCAAACAGCAGCUUGGACACCUUCAUUUUUGAUCAUAUCAAAGGGAAGUUGCUAGAUUGGUCUAAGCGCUUUCACAUUAUUUGUGGAAUUGCACGGGGCCUUAUGUAUCUUCAUCAAGAUUCUAGAUUGAUGAUUAUUCAUAGAGAUCUCAAAGCAAGUAACGUUUUACUUGAUGAUAAGAUGAACCCAAAAAUAUCAGAUUUUGGCAUGGCUAAAACUUCUGCAACUGAGCAAAAUGAAGGAAAUACAAACAGAAUUGUGGGGACCUAUGGCUACAUGGCACCAGAAUAUGCUGCUUAUGGACGAUUUUCAGUGAAAUCUGAUGUCUUCAGUUUUGGUAUUUUGGGGCUGGAGAUUGUGUAUGGAAAAAGAAAUAGAGAUUUUUAUGAUGCAAACCGAAUUCAUAACCUUAUUGGUCAGGCCUGGAUGUUGUGGAUGGAAGGCAAGGCUUUAGAAAUGAUUGACAAAAACAUGGAAGAAUCAUGGAUUGAAUCAGAAGUAUUGCGUUGCAUCCAUAUUAGUCUUUUGUGUGCCCAACAACAUCCAGAGGAUAGACCAACCAUGUCAUAUGUGGUGCUUAUGCUGGGAAGUGAGAUAGAACUUCCUAAGCCUAAAGAACCUGGCUUCUUCGCUGGCAAGGCUUCAUUUCAAACAAAUUGCACCUCAAAUCCAAUGAAAUCUUGCUCAAACGUUGAAGUUACCAUAACCUCAUUACAACCCAGGUGA